AUGUCUACCACCGACUUCACUCUCGGCCAGGCCAAGUCCGCCCUUGCUGCCCUUGAGGCUAUCCUCAAGAAGGGCGAGGCUUCCCCCAACGGUGCCUCUCUCCCCGACGCCCGCAUUGUCGACGACAUGCUUCCCUUGAGCUUCCAGGUCCACGUUGUCACCGACACCGCCAGCAAGCUCGUUGCCCGCCUCACCGGUGUUGACCCCACCCCCUUCGAGAACAACCUCAAGACCUUUGCCGACUUCUACAAGCGCAUUGAGACCGUAAACGCCAUCCUUGCUGGUGCUGAUGCCGCCGCUGUUGAGGCUGGCGCUACCCGUACCGUCACUUUCGGCAUGGGCCCCGGCAAGAGCGUCGAGACUCUUGGCAAGAACUUCGUUCUCGGCUACGCCCUUCCCAACAUCUUCUUCCACACUGCCACCGCCUACAACAUCAUCCGCAAGAACGGUGUUGAUGUUGGCAAGAUGGACUACCUCACUCCUUUCAUUGGUCCUUACAUGUCUUAA